CUUUGCUUGCUCCUCCUCAACUUGGCCUUUGAAACCAUCCAUCGUCCCUUUCCCGUCAAACUGUACUAGGAUCCAUCCGUCCUUUUCCAAUCCUACCUCGACAGAUUCGCCCGAAGCAACACACUCGCAAUUAAAGGACGCAAGAUGGCACACAACCCCCGUGUCUUCUUUGACUUCGCAGUCGCCGGCCAGCCUCUGGGACGUGUCGUUUUUGAACUUUACGCCAAUGUUGUACCCAAAACAGCCGAAAAUUUCCGAGCUCUUUGCACCGGCGAAAAAGGCAUUUCCCCCAUCUCCUCCCUUCCUCUUCACUACAAAAACUCCAUCGUCCACCGUGUCAUCGAAGGGUUUAUGAUCCAAGGUGGAGAUUUCACCAAGAAGACUGGAGCGGGUGGGGAGAGUAUCUAUGGGGCACCGUUUGAGGAUGAAAGGUUGAAUGGAGAGGGGUGCGAAGUUGAUACGAAGGGAUUACUGGUGAUGGCCAACAGAGGACCAAACACGAAUGGUUCGCAAUACUUUAUCACUCUCGCUGCUGCUCCCCACCUUACGGGUAAACACGUCGUCUUUGGCCGCGUCGUUUUCGGUAUGGAACAUGUCGAAACCAUUGGUCAACUGCCAACGGACGAGAAGGAUAGACCGCUUUCGACGGUAAUGAUUACCCAUUGUGGAGAACUCGAACUUCGUCGGCCACCACCCAAAUCAAGAGCUCGAUCUGCAUCCAUUUCAUCUUCGUUUUCCAGUCGAUCCCGCUCUCUUUCCCGUUCCCGUUCCCCUUCCCGCAGCCGUUCUCGUGAUCGCUCAGUAUCUAUAAAAAGGAGAUCUCGAUCCAGGAAGUACAGCGACUCCGGUUCUGAAAGCGAUUACGAUUCUGAUGAUUCCCGUGAGCGUCGUCGACGUCGAAAAGACCGCAAACGCUCCAAGCACGCCAAACACUCCUCCAAAUCAAAAUCAAAAUCACGCCGCCGCAGCAGUAAGAGCGACAGGGAAGAAACGCUAUCCGAACUAGAUGCGCGUCUCGAAAGGGAAGAAAACGAAAGACUUGAGAAAGAACGUUUGGAAAAGCUUGCCGAGAUGAAGCGGAAGAUUGAGGAAGAGAAACAACGAGUGAAGGAUGCUGGCGGGGUUGUGUAUAAAGGUCGAGGAGCAAUGAAAUACCUUGAUCCAGAAACUAUCAACCGCCAACAGUUGCCUCAGAAUUUCAGUAUCCGAGGUGGGAGAGGGCGAGGGGACCUUCCACCUCCGAGGGGAGGAUCGUUCCGCGAUCGCGAUCAAGAGCGGUAUGGCGAUCGGGACAGAGGUCAGGACAGGCGAGAUAGACGUGAGCAAAGCGAUAGAGGCGACCGCGAACGCGACCGAGGCUACCCCUCCUCCCGUUCCCACUCCGACCCUUACUCUGGCAGAACCGGAGACCCCCUUGAUCGGUACCCCCGAACAACCCGGCGAGAGAAUGGACAAGACAGGCGCACUAAAUUGGAUCGAGAUAUGGAUCAAUGGCAACAUGAUCGGUCACAGGGUUCGGAUGUCCGUGGGGAAGGGGACAAGUUUAAGCGUGGGGCACGGAACGAACUGGAGCGCGAUCGCGAGGGGAAGCAGGAAGAGAGGAAAGAAGAAGGAGAAAUGACCCCUGAAGAUGAAAUGGAGAGAGCAGGCAAAAUAGAAAGGGAGGACAGAGGGGAGAGAGCGAUGUCGGAGGGAAGCGAUAUGGUCAUGGAUAAGGACGAUUAAGGAAAGUCGGUUGAUUGGCACGUGAUUGGGCGUAAAAUGUGGAUAUGCAUAGGUGGAUAGGACUAUCUGGCGUUUGAUGAUGAUCGUGGCUAUUUGAACGGAGUCGUACAUACUCUGCAUCGAUAUUCGACACGCUACGACGCAAUCGUAUAUCUGACCAAUUUCUCCUUUCGACAAUCGGAUUGACAGAACAGAGGACGUCACCACGCUUUGCCUCAACUGGUGCUAUCGCCCUUUUAUGCGAGGAUACAAGUCCAGUGCUCACCAACCUUUGGGAGAUAGAUGUUGGUCUGUGAAACGAGAUGAUACUGGAAAGAGUGGAAGUAGUGCGGAGAUAUCCGGUGGGCUUUAUCGAUCGCUUCCUCUUCGUGGAGUAACUCCUGCGGUACAGCAAU